GCAGCCAAAGCAACGGGAGGCGCGGAAGCCGGAGCCGGCCGAGAGACGCUCUGCCACUUGCCGGGGCGCGAUCGCUUUUUUUUCUUUUUGCAAAGGCAGCCCUCCCCUCCUCCCCUCCCUUCUCUUGUGGAAAGAGGCCCAGCUCUCGCCCUCUUAAUCCGGAGAAAGCAGGCGCCCGUCGGAUAUACAGUGGAGUCCCGCGCCAAGUGAUCCGCCUUUUCCUCGCCGCCUUUCGCCCCCCCCCCCCAGCUCUCUUUCCCCCCCCCCCCGGCCCCUGGUCUGGGUGAAAGAACGAGAUUACCAAAAUGCCCGCAGACACGAUGGAAAAACCCACAGCCUCGCCGAUUGCCGGAGCCCCGGCCAGCUCCAGCCAAACCCCGGAUAAGCCCAAGAGCGCCAGCGAACACAGAAAGUCCUCUAAACCAAUCAUGGAGAAGCGGCGGAGGGCCCGGAUUAAUGAAAGCCUGGGCCAGCUCAAGACACUCAUCCUGGAUGCGCUGAAGAAAGAUAGCUCCAGGCAUUCCAAGCUAGAGAAAGCAGAUAUCUUGGAAAUGACAGUGAAACACCUGAGAAAUCUCCAAAGAGCCCAGAUGACAGCUGCUCUGAGUGCUGAUCCUACCGUCUUGGGCAAAUACCGAGCUGGAUUUAAUGAAUGUAUGAAUGAGGUCACUCGUUUUCUCUCCACCUGCGAAGGGGUGAACACAGAAGUCCGCAGCCGGCUCUUGGGCCAUCUUUCAAAUUGCCUGGGUCAGAUUGUGGCCAUGAACUACCCACCGCCACCGCCACCGCCACCCCCUCAGGCCACCGGUGGACCGCCGGCCCAUUUGGGACAACCCUUGCAUAUCCAGUUGCCAGGCCCAGCAGCUGCAGCUGGCGUCAUGCCUGGGCCGUGCAAACUUAACCCCAGUGACACUUUGUCCCCCAAAGUCUACGGGGGCUUCCAGCUGGUACCAGCGACCGAUGGUCAGUUCGCUUUCCUCAUCCCUAGCCCAUCCUUCCCGCCGAACGCCGGACCAGUGGUUCCACUCUAUGCCAACACAAACAUGCCUGUCUCCUGCAACAGUUCCACAGCAACUCCUUCGGUAUCACCGGUGCAAGGGCUCACAUCUUUUGGGGGCAGCUUAGCGCCCGUUGCUCAAGCAGGAGGAGAACGUCAUGAGACUGUGUGGAGACCUUGGUGACUUCCCCUCGCCCUGCCCUUCCCACACACAAACAAAAAAUCCUGACUGUUUUCAACAUUGGUUCCGUUGUAUGGAACCUGGAUCUCUAUAGUUUAUUUUGUUGGCUGAAUUCCUCCACCGACCCCCCCCCCCAAAAAAAAACUCAUAUUUAUUCAUUUCCAAAGGUUGGGAUGCCAAUUUGUAUUUUUCACCCUUUUUAAAAAAAAAAAUGUGAUGUGAAAUACUUUCUUUUUUAAAAAAAGAAAAAGUUAGUUUUGUAUCAAAUAUUUGCCAUGUACUAUGCCAAAGCUUGUUUAUGUCUGUCUUGAGAUUUUGUUUUUAAAGAAUGUUGGAAAAUGUUUGUACAAAUAAAACUUUCUUGAACUAAA